AAGAGAUUGCACAAGUGGAUAACAGCUGGCUCGAGGUAAGAGAGCAGCUCGAAGCAAAAAAACAAGAUUUAAAGAAGAGAGAGGAUAGACUUAAAGAACUUGAUGAACUAAAAAACAAAGUAAUCGAAGAAAACCAAGGCUUCAAAAAAGAAAUAAAAAUAUUGACGCAGCAAUAUGAAGCAUUAAAAGAACUUGAUGAACAAAAAACACAUAAU